ACCUGUUUGUUAGCGGAGACACUCUCCCAUCCAAUAGGUGGCGGUAGGGACAGGCAAUCAACACGAAAACAGAAGAAGAAAAGGCGGAAUAGGAAGAAGAAAACACAGGACACCGGUGAACUUUUGUUGAGCCUCAACAAGCCGUUGGUGUCUGAUCUAUCAUGCUGUUCUUCACUAAAGCGCUUUCUAUUUCUUCACACAUAUAUCCCCUUGUGAACACACAGUUCAACAUGGUGACAGCGCAGAGAAUAAGGAGCAUCUCGAACCAGCUCAGGAGCUCGUCACGCCUCCCAGGGCUUCGUCCGUUCACUAAACAAACGCUGCCAGGCCAGGCUCCCACCAGUCAACCCCCGAACAAAUGGUUUGCGAGCAGAGUUGAUGGUGAAAAGUGGAGGAAAAACAUCCAUCUGACACCACAAAGGCUGGAGAAACCCAACACUGUGCAGCUAAGUGAGCUGUCAGAAUCAGCAUAUGAGAAGCUGGCAGAUGAGACAUUGGAUGCUCUGGCUGAUUACUUUGAAGACCUGACAGAUGAAGCUUUCACUGGAGCAGACUUCGAUGUUGUCUUCUCUAGUGGUGUGUUAACGGUGAAGGUGGGCGGGGACUAUGGCACCUACGUCAUCAACAAACAGACACCAAACAGACAGAUCUGGCUUUCUUCUCCCACCAGUGGACCAAAGCGCUACGACUGGACAGGUGACCACUGGGUGUACACUCAUGAUGGAAUUAGCCUCCACCAGCUGCUUUCUAAAGAGUUUUCCAUCAUCUUCAAUAAAAACUUGGACCUAUCUGGCUUGCCCUAUUCCUGAGACCCCACAUCUGCUAAUGACUGCCUGUAGGAGAACUACUGUGACUCAUGGAACAACUGUUCCAUCAUAUGGGAGCCAAAGACACAACGUAUAUACGUAUAACUCCACAGUACUUAAUCAGCAUCAGCCCUUAGGAGAGCAGUUGUGUAUGAUGACAGUCAUCACUAUGUUUGAAUGCUCUGUUGUUUAUCUAUAUGUUCACUAAUAAUAUAUUCUCCAUGUGUAUUACAUGCUGAUAACGAAAACAUUUUCAUUAAAUAGAUGUGGAAUUCAA